AACAGUAACAAUGGCUGAACCCAAGAUUAGCAAGAUUUUCUCGGCGGCUCCUCCGGAGAUGAACAAGGAACAAGGUGCCAUCCUCUCCAUGGUCAAGCAAGUCCGUACUGCUCCUCGUGAUGAGCGCUUCCCCGCCCAAAACCAAGCCCUUCACUGCUGGAAUCGUUACAACGAGUGGCUCCUCUGCACCAAGCAAUCUGAUGAAGCCAAGUGUGCUCCCUUGAGGCAGUAUGCCAACGCCAUCUGCCCUGAUGCCUGGUCGGAGCAGUGGGACGAGGAACGAGAGUCCGGAGCUUUCUCCGGAAUUGGUCACCGUUUCAAUGCCAAGCAUUAAAUAUUAAUUGCAACAGACGUACAGAGAGAGAGAGAGAGAAGAGUAUAGUUGGUCAUCCAUAUAUCAUGGGUAGUCUAGGCAAAUUCAAAAGGACUUUUGAUUAGUGGGUUGGUUGGAAACCCAGGCUUGCAGCAAAGAAGGAGGCUGUAGUUAGUCAGGCCUGAAGUCGUUGGCUAGCCUGCUGCACUCAUUUCAUUGGGUUCAUCGUUGGUAACUUCUGGUGUUGAUAGAUUGAAUCAUUCUGAUGCGAUGCUCGUACUUCUUGGCCCUCCCCGCCUUGGAGGAUUCUGGCUAAGGAUGAAUGAAUUGAGGUUUGGUUUCGUGGUACCGGUAUCGUGAAUGAUGCAGGCCCCAUUGGCAACUUUCCGGAUCCUGAUUCAGUUCGGUACAAUUAAUUGUGCGCCCUAAAUCACUCUUUGUCA